AUGAGUGCUGUCAUACAAAAGAUAAAGAGAAAAAAAAGAAACGCUCGUCAUUUUCAGAUCACAGCAUCAGUAAACUUGCUGACCAUCGAAUGUCAGCCAGAUGAAUGGUAAGCGACAAAAAAAAAAGAAGGGCCGGAAGUGAUAGAAAAAAACGAUACCGGACAGGCCUGUCAGGUGAAGCCUUCCUCACGUGGAUGGUUUACUGAUUUCAAGUGUUAUUGUUGAAUAUUUAGACACCCUCUCGAUAACUUCGCUCUAGUAUCGUUAAUUGUGCUUGCACUUUGGGAAGAAAAUAUCAUUAUGUUGUUGUUGUUUAAAAAGCUAUGUUUCCCUAUCGUUGCCAGUUUUUUAAAGCGGGGAGGGGUCUGAGGGUUAUAAGUUUGUCACGUGUUCAACCGAGAAAAGUUUUUCAAAGAUGGCGGCCUAAACAGCUUGAGAAAUUGAAAGUAUAUUCCACACGUUUGAGUACUGUAAGUUUAUUUUUUCAUGGACAAACUACUAGGUGAGAGAUUUUUUUUUGACUGUGUUUUAGUUCCUCAGUUUUUUUUACAUAAAAACUGACUUAAAUGUAGUAAGUCAUGUUAAAAUUUGCUGUUACUGUUGCUUUUUUUUCAGUUAAUUUUGAAUCUCACUUCUCUGCUCUUCGCUUUUUUCCUAGGCAUCCUAACAAGCUCAUCAUUCUGUGGGGCAAAGAAAACAACAGUUGCCAAACUAAGGUAUUUUAUUGCUGUAUUAUUUACUGUUAAAAUCGUUGAAAUCUUAACUGUUUAAUGAAACAAGCUUUAAAAACUUUGUCUUUUUAGCCGGUUCCAUGGCAGCCGGGAUUUUUCAAUCCAUACCGCGGCACUCAUGUGUGGCCGGAGCCGGAUCCCGUAAAAAACUCUUUCAAACUCUGCAAGGUAAAGAGCCUCUUAUCAUCAUGUUAAAGCUACCUUUAAAACGUAUAUAAGCUUCAACUUAAGCGUAAGAAAUGUGGCUGUAGGUUGCAAGGGCUCAUGAAUAUUUCUUCAAUAUCAGUUAUUCAUUACAAUUUAGCACAAAAACCUACAGACCUUUCACCUAAGAUUACCGACCUUUAGUCUAUGCAUGCUUGAUCCAUGAGAUCUGUUUUUUCUUCUCUUAGAAUCCAAAACGAGCCGGUACUUACGAAGACUGCCCUUGGAGGAUUGUUGUCCAGAAUGUAAGUUUGCAUUUGUACCACCUGUCAAAGAUUUCAAAACCAUAUUGUAGUGGUAACCUUUUGGACUUUGAAAUAAAAUAAAAAAACAAAUCCUACCGCGAAGAAUAGAGGAACUUGCUCAGAAAACGUUUAGAAAUAUUAAACAGGCAUUCUUGAACAUCAAACGUCGGAAAACGUUUCAAGUAUUUUUAGAACAAUGUUCAAAAAACCCACCGCCAUUGUUUAACAGCGACAUCUGUCUUAAACACACUAUUUCUCCCUCGUUUGUGCAAUUCAUUUUCGUUGGUCUUUUUUCAACAAUUUUUAUCCCCUUUUUUCGCAGGAGUGUGAAAAUGGUCGGCGCCAGGUUAUUGCUACGGGCUGCAUUGAUCUAGCGGAUUAUAUCAGCGAGACAAAUAAAACAUUCGAGAUAACUGUCACAUUAAAACCAGCAAUGAGAAACGUUCUCUCGGGAACAAUCGAGUUUAACUUAACCUCUGUGAUGUUAGAAGAUGGAAUACCAUAGUGAGUAUUGUGUAAUUUAAUAAGCAUUUCUUCUCUAAGAAACUUGCAUUUCUUCGUUCCUUUUUUGACGGGGCAUAAACUUCUGACGAGAUUGUAUUUACCAAACGUGAGGUCAUGUCAGGUUACUUUAGAGCCACUCUAGAGCAGACUAUACAGUUUGGAUUAAAAUGGUCGAGUGCCGGGCUUAAUCUUUUAUCACAACAGUAGUAUCAUCUCUACAAGCACUUCUAGGUCAGCAGUUGCGCUAGAAUUUCAACUUACAUUCAAACUGAGUACCCUUAGAUAGACGGAGGAGACUGAAUAACGUUUUUCUAAAGCUGUCAUGAGCUGUUGCUUACUCGAAAUGAGGAAGGGUGGAAGUAAAAUGUGCACAAAUUUGGACUCCUCCUUAAAAAUCUCCUAGAUCUGUUGCUGAAGUCUCAACUCAUCCAAUUCAUAUUUUGCUUGUUUUUAUCACAGUCGAAGCGAUAAGGAAAUAUUCCAAGAAAUCAUGGCAGACGCUUUUAAAUCAGCCAAGCAUAGAAUUGCCAAAAGUGCUGUGUCCUCCGCGGAGCAUAUGGAUCCACUUCUGUUUUCCUUUGUUGAUAAACCAUCAGAGAUUCCUUAUACACCAAGGAAAAGAAAAAACAAGAAAAGAAGAAGCAAAGAAAGAGCAAAUAACACGCCUGACAGUGUUAACAACGGUCAUGAAAGAGAAGCAAAGGUGGGAAAGAAAAUUUCUCAACCACCGCAGCCGGGCGCUUAUUCAAACUGCCACAAGACUGCAGAGUCCGUGACUUGUGCUGAAGAUAACAACAACAACGUGAAAGCCAUAACACCUUCAGCAGAUGAAGGAAAAGAAUCUUCUUAUACUGAUACACCUGCAAAUAUUGAAGGAAAAAAAGAUAGUCGCAAGACCAAAAGCCUAAACGAUUUAACCUCUGGUGCAACCUCCAAACCAGCUGAACAAUCUCUGGCAUCCAAAGGCGUGUUGUCAACCAGACCAGAAACAACACAACUGAGUGAACAGGAAACAAGAAACAAUUUAGCUCCAGAGCAAGGCGAGGAAAAGGCUUCACUCGAAGAAGUUCAUUCAAUACCAAGUUAUCGACCAAAGCUCAGUGUGUUUAUAAAAGGCAAAAAACAGCCGAAGGCCAGCGGGAAGGAGACAUCAGAACUGUUUCCCAAGGAAGAUAAAGAUGGCUACUCUGGAUGCGGUGGAAAUGUUGAUAAGGCUCAUGGCUCUGGAACAUCUGGUCAACUCACUGCACCUAAGACAGAUAUGCCUGGUGAAAAGAAGCAAAAUACUUCAGCUGAUUCACACGACGAUAACGAAAUGAUGUCUUCAUUCUUCAAGAAGCUGUUGGAGAAUGGUGCCAAAAAAGGUACAAAAACAAAACAAGGAAAAUUUAAAAAUUUUCGUAGUAAUUGAGAAAUUAAUUUUUCUAGAGCGCACCUAGUAUUUAUAAAAGCGCGCUCAGUAAAUUUUGACUUUGUUUCUGUCUAGAAAUUAUAUUGAGAGACUUUUGCGUAAUAAGAAUACACAUUGCCUGGCCGUUGUCACGCAGUUAGCGUGGAGGAGGCCCAAUCACCGAUCACCGACGUAGGCACGAGUCCCUUGGACUGUCUAAUGGCUGGUUUUUCACCAGCGACGGAGUCCGAGUCGGAAUCGUAAGCGGAGUCGUAAGAGCACUUAUGACUUUGUGAAAAUUAAAAAAUCGGAAUCGAAAGCUGAGUAAUAAGAACGAGGAAAUCGGAGUCGGGAGAAUCAGAACGUUUCCAUUUUCUUCCGACGCCGCUUACGACUCCGUCGCUCACGAUCUAGUAAAAAUCAGAUCGCCGGAGUCGGAAGCAUAAGAAGAAGGAUAAAACCAAUCAUGAGGCACGUCCCCGCGCUUUGUGAUUGGUUUAGUUCUUCUGCUUCUGCGUGCGACUUGGACAACCUAGUUUUCACUACACAUCGUAAACGGUGGAGUCGUAAGCGGAAUUAGAAAGCUGUUUUCACUAGAUCGUAAAGUUCUACGCUUCUGAUUGCGACUCCGAUUCCGACUCGUCGCUGAUGAUAACCAGUCUUAAGGCCAUGUUCCCCCCCUCCCCGCGAAAAUAAAAAAGGGAGAAGCUCUCAAGAAAUAUUAUCAGAAUAUUUCACCAUAAUUCGUUGGUAAAGUAGUUACUGAACUAAAAGGUUAUUUUUCUAUAUUCUAUGUUUAUUUUCAGCAGCGUCUGUGAAUUACCCUGAACUGUCAGCUUAUGUGAGCGCAGAGAUGAAGUCACUCCAGGAAGAAAUUGCUUCUUUGGAAAAAGUAACAGUCAUGCUAGAAUCUGAAAUGCAUCAGGCAAUGGAGAUUGAAGGUCAGUUCAAGCUUUAAUUCCUUUAAUCACAAAAGCUUAAGCAUGUCAGUUUAAUGAGUAGUAGUACGGGUUCUGCAAUCUGUAUAUAGACUUGAGGCCAAGGCCCUUGCUUAGCCUGCGUAGCAGGUGCCGUUAACUUUUAUUUAAAGGCCGCGUGACGGGAGCACCCGUGUGCUCGAGAUUUCUUCCUUAGUCUUUAAGGGCCCAGUGACCUAUCUUUCGCGCGAUCUCGCGCGUUGCUAAGGACGUGCAAUGUCACUUCCGGUCGAUGGGGUCAUUGCUUUUAGCCAACGCCAAGCGCAGCUAAACAUAUCAAUCAUUAAUGCGCGAACCCGGCAAAAUUUUGCUACAUUGCUACAGUAACUUUGAAAAUAUGGAGAAGUAAACAAAAGCAAAAGAAAAACCAAACAAAACAAACUUUUUCCCCAACAACGGAUUCAAAAGAUAGGUCACUGGGCCCCUAAAAGAAAAAAAACCGGCGCCUGCUAAGCAGGCUAGCUCUCGCUAGUCUUCUUGAGAUGGUAGCAACAUUCAACUGAGUUUCUUGAAAUAUCUUAGUAUUAUUUCUUUGCUUUUCAGUUCCAGUUGUGUUGAUAGAUGAUUUGUAGAAUCAGUCAAAAUUGAGUUUAUGAUUAUGCGAUCAAUAUUUUGUAUUUAGAGUGCAAAGAGAAGUUGGAUGGUCUAAAACAGGACUGGAUGAUCUUGUUGAGUAACAUAGAAGGGCUGACAAAGAGAAAAGCCGAUCUUCAAAUUCUGUAAGUGAUACUUUAAUUAUCGUCUACUGGCAAAACGUGUUUUGUUGUGCCUCGUUAAAGAAAGUCAGUCUUUACAAUGUCAGAAGCCAAUGUGUAAUAAAGCUUCGACACCGUGUCCUGGAUGGUAUCCCAUGGGUCGUGAUAACAGCGUCUGUUUUGUGCACAGGCACACCAAGAGGGUAAUCCGGGCAAAUUACUUCACGAAAAACGUAUUGUAAAGCCAAAAACCUCAUUACCGCUAGUCAAACUCUUCUCACGGGUAGUAUUACAAGUAUGGGUUUAUGUGAAAACACCAGUGCACUACCACUACUACUACUGCUAUGAUUGCAUUCCGUAUUUACUCGAAUAAACGCCUCUCUCAAAUGAACACCGCAGUUGGAAGCAAAUUUACCAAUAUUCCGCAGCCAACGAUAAUACGCCGCACCCAAUCAGAAAAAUGCGGAGUUCAUUCUAGAACUCUUUCAACCUGGUAAUCUACAACAUCCGUCCUCUCCUUUCUCAGCAAAAAAGCGAGACUUCAGAACUAAAUGCACCUUUCUUUUAACAUGUUUACAAAUGAUUUACGGUAAUUUUUGUCAGUGAUUAAGAAAUGUGUUUGCAAAGUUAACACCGCAUCCGAAGCGCGAAAAAUCUAAUAAACGCCGCGACGUGUUUCAUCUAGUAAAUAAGGAAGCUGGCAUAUCUCUCUUCAUAUAAAAAAAUGUCUUUAUCUUUUACUUAUCUCUUCAGUGAAAAACAGGAGAAUCUUGAGCAUUGUUGUGAUAUCCUCAGAAACGAACUCAAGCUUUUCUUCACACUGGAAGGUAUAUUAACAUUGUUCAUUCAUAUUGCUAAUGACACAAAAGAACUGUUUGUUAUCGACAAUAGUUUCGCCGAACCGGUGAAAUAAUACGUGGUUCCUGAAUCAAUUUGACGAGUGGGAGGAAUUAUCGAAAGAAGAGUGGAAUGUUGCUAAUUUCCGUUUCAAUUUAACUUGGCGCGUUUAACAGAAAGCUUUUCCACAAUAAACUCCCCGAAAAUUUAACAAUAACUUCCAUUAAGUUAUUAUCCCAAUAAAGAUUGAAAGUGAGAACGUAUUUAAAGUGAAAAUAAGGACGCACAAUUCUUGGCCAUCACCGCGAUACAGAAGGUUUACAGGGAUCCGAGAUCAUUUCCGAAACAAACUGUGAGAGUGUGUCACCUAGACAGUCAGUGAAGGAGUAAAACUUAAAAUUGUCGUUUUACCAGCUCAGCUGAUAAGGCAAAUUGGCCACCCUUAAAGGGUUUCGAUUGUCGGUGUUGCUAGUUGUUGUUGUUGUUGUUGUUGUUUUUGUGGAAUAGUCAAGCGAGACAAAGCUGCACACGAGAAGGUCCGCCUUCCAAAAAGCUUGGGUGCACAGCCGCCUUUUCUUGUUUAUCUUGUUUAUACCUGAUAAACAAGGGAUUACUAUAACGAACGUGUACCAAGGACUAAUAAAAAAACAGUUUGAAGACAAAUGAUAUUUGGUCGUUACAUUUUCAGAUUGGCGAAGAACAGACUACCACAAAAUGCAAGAGGCCAAGCUUCUUGAUAUUCUCCAUUGCCUCAAAGAUAAGCAAAGAGAAACUUGCUGA